GUCUUGAUGUGCACUUCUUCGAUUUGGCAUAUGUGCACAAUGAGCAUGGAUAGAUUCUUCACGCUUAAGUACCCAAUGAAAUAUGGUCGAAACAAGACUAAAACAAUGGUCGCCUUGAAGAUAAUGUUCGUCUGGGUAGUCAGUGCCGCCAUCUGUAGCCCAUUAUGUGUACUAGGCUUAAUUGACACUACAAAUGUGCUAAAUGAAGGAUUAUGCGUUCCUGCAAUUCCAGAGUUUGUCAUUUAUGGCUCUAUGUUUGCAUUCUACAUUCCUUUAAUCAUAAUGAUUGUGACGUAUGCAUUGACGUUAAGGAUAUUACGUCAAAAUAGACAGCUAAUGAAAGGUAUGGAAGAGGCCGUAAUGAAAACGAAAAGGAAAAAAACGCCGUAAGGCAAUACACAGUGCUGUUAGUGCAAUACGAUAUAAUUACUCCGGUAAUGAACUCAAAACUAUGGAUACUGAGCUUCCAAAGGAGGAAGAAAACAAUGUUAAUGUGAUUGAAACGGUAUUUGAUUCCCAGCAUGAACAAUCCAGUGAUACUGUAUGUAAUGGAUAUACACGACAUGUACCUAGUGCUAAUGUACAACCCCCUGAGAUUGAGAUCUCAGAAGAUGUAGAAAACUCUAAUGAUCCUAAUUCUGGCGACGCAGAUGCACAAACUGAACAUGUGGCGCCACCUAAAGUGAAACGUUUAUCUGCCUCGUGUAACGAUUUGCCAAGUUUUCACGUGACUAGUUGCUCACCAAAGCACAGUCAAAAUAAAACUAUGCAACAACAGGAAUUUUUAAAAAUAGGAGAUCAGCGACAAUUUGGUGGGAGUAUGAUAAGCCCGGGAUUAUCAAAUUUUUAUUUUUCUACAGCAUCUUUGAAUAGUAUGUUGAGCCUAUAUCAAAGUCAAAGUUUAUUAGUAGAAGAUCCAGAGAUGCUGGAGCGAUAUAGUCAGAUUGAUCUUGAAAUGGAUGAGUGUCUAAAUCUUGACCAAGAUUCCGCAGGUCCAAACAGUUCAAAACAAGAAGAUGAGAGCUCUCAUGAAAAGGAGGGAAAUUGUGAAACUACUAAGAACUCAUCAACUAAUCGUCAAGAAUUUAGAGCAAAAUCAAGCAGUGAUAUACGAUUUUCCUUAAGCUCUAGUCAUCAAGAUAUCUCUUUGACUAUAAACAAUCAUCUUGAUAUCCACUAUCCCCAAAACCAAUGCAGGAGUUGCGAAAAUAUGACAUUUUCUGACAAUCCUACAAAACCAGAAACAAAUAAAUCUACAGAAAACGCGACUCUUAAUUGUGCGACGUCAAGUUUGAGCUGUCAGUCGGGAAUAGAUGGCAGUAACGUUUGUUUUAAUAUAACAAGUAAGAUGAGUGAUGCGCCAUUUGAAACGGAUGAGUCUAAAGCUGAUAAUACAUAUGAAAAUGUUGUUGCGUCAUCCUCAAGUUUGGAUUUACAUAAAGAUCCAUCUUUGUCUGGAUCAAGCGUCAUAUCAUCUGAUGACCAAGCCUCGUGGGGAAAGGGAGAAGAUGCAUCAGAUAUCCAAUCUGAAUUAAUUAUCGCAACAACACCAAUAAAGCAGAGAGCCUCAGUUGGUAAAAUUUUUGACAGGUUAACAGGGUCACACAGCCAUCAACAUAUAUCCGCGUCACAAAGUCUCCUUAGCAACCAUAAAACAACCAAUCACCAUAACAACAAGAAAACUGAUUGUUGUCAGUCUAAAAAACUAGAUAUUCCCAAAUCGCCUUUGAUAAAAAGGACGCACCAUUCAAUAAAACAAUUAAAAUCAUCAAUACUCAAAGCGGCGUCUCCACGGAGCAAUGGGUGCCAAAAUGGGAAGGUUUCUCAGACUAGUUCUAAAAGUACCCUUGCAAAUGGAGACGGAUGUAACAGAAAGGUGCUUACAUUUGACAACGAAAGUAUAAAGCAUAACUCAGUGACUAAGCUACGUCAGAAAAGUAGCAACGAACUCAAAGCUUUAUUAGUUAAGAACAAGAAUACUGGUGGGAAUCCGAUGAAAAGAUUAACAAUUUCAAAAAGGACAGCCUCAAAUGAGGCAAAAGCAUCAAAAGUAUUAGGAAUAAUAUUUGGAGUUUUUGUUAUCUUAUGGACGCCAUUUUUUGUGAUGAAUGUUGUUUCUGUGACCUGUAUGGAAUGCAUGGCCCAAUUGACCCCAGAACUUGCCUCUUUUAUCACAUGGUUCGGAUACCUCGCAUCACUGGCCAAUCCUAUAAUAUACACCAUGUUUAACACUGCAUUCAGGCGGGCAUUUGUGAACAUUCUCACGUGUAAGUACCGUAAAGGAUACAACAUGGCUGACAGUGUUUAUAUGAGUACAACAACCAACUGGAUGACUGACAAGAGAAACACAACAAAUACCAUGACUAAUACAUUGACUAUAACACAUCAUAGAGACAGUAGGUCACAAUAGAAAACGUCAUUACCCUGUAGUCGAAUUAAUUAAUAGGCUAUCAUUGCUCAUAUACGAACAAUAUGUUGAAUAAUUCAAGAUCAGUACUUCCUUAAAAUUAAAUGUUUUUGUUCGUCUUAGUGUGCACAUCUCGUGAAACUUUUUAAAUGAGUGAUAAAAAUUGAAUAUUAAAAUAAAACAAUUGAAUUGAUAUUGAAAAUGUUCUAACUGUGCGAUGCGCAUGACGGAAAUCACUCAUACAAGUAGUUUUAUAUAAAGAUGUCAGGUCAGUAUAGGUACGUGUGUACAUGUAAGUAUUGAUAAGUAAGCAUCGUUCAGAAUAAAAACGAAUUUACAUAAUAUAAAUGAUAAUUUAAAAAGUAGACAAAACGUAAUAUAAGAAGGAAAGAUGGCCAAGUAAUGAUGACAGUUAAGGGAAUAUGUUUACUAUUAUGAGUACAAUGCCUUUUUCUCUUUUUACCAAUGUAGGAGUUUAUGAAGUACACUAUCUAGUAUUAUAAUCUAACUGUACUAUCUCGUAUAAUGCCGUAUGUGCAAUGAAAAUAAAAAUAAUCACCCCUCCAUAAGUUUUAGCAAUUGGAAUACCCCAUAUCGUACCAUCGGAUAGUAUCAUUUAACUGCCAGUUUUGUUUAUAUUUGUAUGAAUAACAUUUUUAGGUCAUUUUCAAAAUUAAAUCACUAAACAUUAAGUUGAACAGGCUUAAUGAUAUAUAGCGUGAUACAGGGUGUUGACGAUGCCAUUCUGGUGACGAGGAACGUAAACUAUAUGGUAGAAGAAUAUUAUGACAAAUUGAGAGUCAAAUAUUUCUGUGUUGUUAAUUCGUCCAUUUUGUUUUUAUCAGUCAUGAUACUAUUUAUUGUAUCCGUCACAAAGUAUGUAAAAUAUUUAUUUAAUGAAUAAAAAUAAAUACUCAUAAUUUGUUAAA